GGUUUUUUCUUUUCCACUUUCCACUACGUUGACAUUGGCGGAAUUUUAGCAACUUGAAUUUGGGGUCAAAUCAAACUUUUUACUUUUAGAAAACUUUCGAGUCUGAACAGUAGUAGCCGAUAGAGAUAUAUUUGCAGGCCUUGCUAACUUUUUAUUAAUUUCAAAUUGUUAAAAGGUAGAGAGUAUAAUUUUGUUUCUUACAAUUUGCUAAAGAAAAUCCAAGAUGGCAAUUCAGGUGCCCAAUAUGAAGACGCAAAAAUCUCUUCUAAAAACGUAUAUUUUGUGGUUGAUCGGUGGGAUAUACGGGUUGCAUCACUUCUACUUAGGUAGAGAUUUCCAAGCAUUCGUGUGGUGGACCACUUUAGGUGGAUACGGAGGCUGGUUGCUUGACCUCGUAAACAUCCCGCGCUAUGUGAGAGAUACCAACGAAGAUCAGACGCACUUGAAGGAACUGGGGAUAAAGAUGCGCCAGAAUAAGAAGCCUCCGUUCUCUUUGAAUCGUUUCACUGGCAUGUUAGCUGUUGGUUAUACAUGGGCAAGUUUGGUGUCAUCAGCUAUUCCCAAUGAUGAGGUUUGGGGCCUGAAUGUCAAGUUUCUCAACUGGUUGGUUCCUCUGGCUGCUAGUCUGGGUGUAUGGGCUGUGGGAAACAUUGGUCGGGAGAAAGGCGGCCUGAAGUGGCCUCUCCUUGCAGCAUACGUUUCGUACCCCAUCCGCUACUUUUACUAUGACAAGACCGUGUGGAUAACAAUCAUGGUCUUGGCGGCGGCACUGGUUUUCGAUUCCUAUUCCAAGGAGUGGCGGCGAACGCCACGGCAGAAACGUCACGUGGCCAAGCGCCUGGCAGUGUUUGGAGUGUGCGCGACCCUUUAUCUGUCUCUCUGGGCGAGCUCUCUUUACUUCAAUGACACAUUCACGGAUGCAGAUGGAGUGAGAAUACCCAUCUACCAGGCACUGAAACAAGUCGUUUAUGGUGAAUGGUGGACCGAUGUAAAGCAGUUCGGGUUCGACGUGUACCAAUUCGUACAGCACCACGGCUGGUACGAGCUUUGGAAACAGGUUGUCGAACUCUGCGACCCGCAGGACGAGCAGAACGCUUACCAGGUGUUAGGUGUCGGGCCUGACGCGAGUCAGCAGGAGAUAACCCGCCGCUGGCGUCAGCUCUCCCGCGAGAACCAUCCGGACAAGGCCGCCAAGGACUUGCGCGCCGCCACCGAGAAGUUCAUGGAGAUCCAGCAGGCGUACGAGAUACUCUCCGUCGGGAAACACCGGCGGUUCUCGCGCAACAAGCGGGACAACUCCGUCUCUGACGGGCCCAUUCACAUGUAAGCAUGUAUAGUUCCCGGCAUAUAAAUUAACACGUUCGCUGCGGCACUGAUUACGAGGUUUUCUGACCUCGUGACUAGAAAUUUGUGGUGUGGUACGAGGUCUAUCGACCUCGUAUCGUAAUCUCGUACGAGGUCAAUUGACCUUUUGCCGCAGCGAACGUGUUAAACCGAUUGGGGUUCAGUGAUUUAGGCCAAUUGUUAACUCUGCUGGGAUUAUUAUCAGUCAUCUUCAAUAUAUUUACUUUCUUUUACAAUUUAUAUUAAUUGUUGAUACAAGCUUUUUUCUACCGAAAAAUGUCGGCUAACUCUAGUUAGGCAGCAUUGUCUGAAGUAUGUAUAGUUGUAUAAACAUAUAAACAUGUAUAAGUCCCGGCUUGUAAGUUGGACCAACUGGGGUUCAUCAGUCAUCUUCAAUAUGUUUACUUUACAAUUAUACAAUCAACUCUUGAUACAAAUUAAAACAAAAUUGUUUUUUUGUGAUGUGCAAAGAAUAGCAACAUAGAAUCUCAUUUAAAAAUUUGAAAUCUCAUAUUUCACGAAAUUGUAAGUUCUUUAAUUGUUGGGUUAUUCGUCAAAAGUUCUAAAAAACAUAUAUAUAUAUAUAUAAAUAUAAAUAAUGUUCGUCAAACCGAAAAUCCCAGCUAGUUGUGUAUUGGCUUAUCUUCUGUCAGACCAUUAUAUACUUAGAGGCAUAAUUAUCCGCCCUAUUUAAUAUAACGCGAGUAUAUUAAAGUGGGCGGAUAAUUGUGCCUCUGAGUAUAUAUUGAACUAACUUUAGGUUGUCUCAACUCCAAAUAAUACAAUCUAUAUUAUUGAACCCAAUAGUCAUCAAACACAAAUGACUAAGCCACGACACUCCAUAAUAGGGUAGUUGACUUAUAUCAAAUUUAAUACAAACAAUAUUAAUUUCGUGUAGUACAUAAGAGUAAGUACAGAAUAAGGGUCCGAAAUAUAUCUAUAUUAAUUAAUAAAAGUCAAGGAUUUCUUAUGAGACUUAGUUUAAAAAUCAUGUAUUUCUUCAUAUAUUUAUGUAUUAAAAACUCUGACGUCCAUUUUGUGACGUCACAAUGUUACUUGAUGUACCAAACGUCGAAUAUUUUUGUCAAACGCUCCGUUUGUAAAGGAUUUUUUAACGUGACGUCAUGAAACAGUUGAAAUAUAGACCAUCAUGGCCGACAGGCGUUUUGGCUCGUAAUGUCAUAAUCAUCACUUCUCAAAAAAAUAUAAUACUCUUUUUCAAUCUAGUAAAACGAUAAUAAACAAUUUAAGUCCAUUAAAUAGUGUCAACUAGCCUAUUGACCUAACUUCAUAUUAGUGGCUAGUCGACACUUUUUAAAAGGGUCUUAAAUUGUUCAUUAGCGUUCUACUAGAUAAAAGAAUAAUAUUAUAUUUUUAAAGACAUGAUAUAAAAGUUACAAAUUUAAAUAUUUUUUGGCAAUACGAGCCAAAACUCUAUCGGCCUUAAUGGUCUAUAUUUUAACUGUUUCAUGACGUCACUAAACCCUAACAAAAAGGGGUGUUUGACAAAAUUAUUAAUCAAUAUUUAUUUUGACGUUUGUUCCUUUAGGUGACAUCAAAUAACAUCGUGACGUCACAAAAUGGACGUCAGCGUUCUUGACGUUUAAAAAAUUAAAAAAAAACACAAUUUUUAAAUUAAUCUCUCUAUGAAAUCCUUAAUUUUUAUUAAUUGAUAUCAAUAUAUUUCGAACCCUAACUACUAGUACUGUGUACUACAGGAAAUUAAUAUUGUUUAUAUUAAAUUUGAUAUAAGUCACCUACCCUAUUGGCUUCCACACUUACAACACUACUAUGGUACUCGUAGGAGCUUACACUUUUAGGCAUGUCUGGCUGCCACAGGCGCUUCUUCUAAAAUGAUUGACGUGACGUUGCUCUUAAGUUAUUGAAAAAGACGUCUUGCGUGUGUUCAUAGAGUAAACAAUUUAGAUAUUGAACGUUUUCGCAAAUAGUUAAGUUAUAUAGACUUUGUCUUAUUAGCCAAAGUUUGACACCCGGCAAUAAUCAUAUUAUUUGAGUAAACUUUUUUCUUUCAUUUAUAGAUUUUUACAUAUUUUAUUCAUUUUCAACAAUGAAGUUUUCAAAAUAAUAAUAAAACCGAUCGUUAUUAUUAAAAUUUUGAAUGUUGUCUUUUUGAUUUAUAUUUUUUACUACAAUGUAUGUAGUUCUAUUUUUUUGUACAUUAUGUGUUCAAACUUUGGCAUAGCUAUAGGUUGUGUUAUAGUCAAUUCUCUAAAGCAUCAAGAGUUAAUAUAUUUAUUUAGUAGUUUAUAAAAAAAGUUCACUUUACCUCUAGCAUCAUAAAAAUACACUCACAGUAGAUACAUUCGUUGUUGUCCAAAAACAUUAUUAUUGGUUAUAUGCUAGAACUGCGAUCGCCAGACUUUAUUUUAGGAGGUUUUUGUUCUAUUCAAUUUAAAGUCUUUAACGUAUUCACAGUUAAAUUUAACUAUUUUUUUAUUGGUUAAUUGGUGAAUUAGUUCCCAAUAUUUUGAUAAAUGUUGCUGAGGUAAUGUAUGCAUUUAUUACUUAUUUAAUUUUCUCAUCUAGUUAAUCAAUAAUUUAUUUUUCCUAUAGUCUUUGAUCCGAAUUAUAAACGAUAUUCAAUCAUCUGUUUGUUAACGAAAAUUGUUUGAUAUUAAAUUUAAUUUGUCAAAAUUAUAUUACGAGUAGGAUGCCUGGAAAUCUCCUGGCAAACUGUCAUUAAAAAAUUAAAUUGUUAACAUAUAAAAAGAAUUGUUUAUGUACACUAGAAAUGGCUGAAUGUAUUAUUGUUGUUAACAGCAAUUAAAUAAAUGAAUGGAUAUAAAACAUUUCAUCCAAUAAACAGGUGGGUGAAAGUCUUUUCUAAUGUGGAUCUUCAAUUAGGUUAUUUUGACAUGAUUGUUGUUGAUCAAUCGAAUAAUAUUAUUAAUUUACUCUUACUUACAUAAAUGUAUUAUUGUAGUUUUCUUUAGUAGUAUUCUUUAUAGAAAUACCAAAUGUAUGGCGAGUCGUUGACAUGUUAUGUUUAUUUUGUUUGCAUUUAUUUUGUUAAGAGAAUCAAAUUUUUUUUUUGUAUUCACUUAUUCUUUAUAGAGGAUAUUAUAUUAAAUCAAUGAUAUAUUAUGUACUUAAGUAUUUGCUCAAUGGAGAUGCCAUUGGUGUUAGGCCUCCAAGAACCGUCCAUAUUCAUUAAUUAUACUUAAUAGUUUUAAGAUAAUUUCCAUUUUCUGAGCCUCAAUAGCUCAAUUAUUAAAAAAAAUUGUAUACUGUUAGACUGGCUUGCACCUAAAACGUUACUGUGUGCCUAGUAGGAGUGUUUUCAUACUACUAUCGCGUUAACGUAAACGCGAAUUUAUAUGGAAUUGAAACAGUUGUACAGUAGUGCCACUAGAUGGCGCCUUCAAUUCCUUAGAAGUUCGCGUUUACGUUACGUGACAGUAACAGUAUCAAACUGCCACUAGGCGUUUAGAUCACACGCCAUAACUAAAGGUGACGCAGUAACUUUUAGAUGUACUUACAUUAUAUGUGUAUAUCUAAUGUCUUACAAAUAAGUCUGUGCAUCUGGUCUAAUGUCACGCACAGAAUGUGCAUUUGUACUUAUUAUCGGUAGGUUGUCUCAAUUAUUUGUAUACAAUAAAUAAUUAUAUAC